AUGCCGAAAGGGAAACAGCUUAUCAAAGAUAUCAACAAUGCGAAAAGCAAAUCCAAGAAAAAGGGCAGACAUCAGGCUGACCCUGAGACUGCCGAUGAGUUUCUAGCUGCUGGCGUUGAACAAGAAGAAGGCGGCGAGAAAUGGAGAGCCGGCGAUGCUGUCAAGGCUAUGCGAUUCUUUAUGCGAGCUAUUGAGAUGUAUGAUAAUGGACUCGCCAAGUUCCCAAAGUCAUUUGAUCUGGCCUAUAACAAAGCACGCGUUCAAUACGAAAUCACCCAACAUCCCAAACUAGCUACCCAGCUCCCCGCACCGCAAAUCAAGAUCCUCCACAUCGCUUUACAAUCGCAUCGAGAUGCGCUGGUCCUCAAUCAAGACAAUGCAGAUGUUUUGUUCAACACGGCCCAAGUUUUGACCAGUCUUGCAGAGGCUUUGACCGAAUCGAAACGUCCCAAUGAAAGUCGAAUCCAAGAAGCUAUGAAAUACCUGCAUGAAGCAUUAGAGUUGUUCCAGAGAUGUUUAGUCUUGCAGGAGCUUCGGUACACCGAGUCGCAGGAACAAAUGAGGAUGAUGGAAUCUGGUGUUGAUGAGACGGCGCCGCAGGCUGCGGCAGAAGGACCAGCGUCCGAAGAGAUGGAUCCACAGCAAAAAUCAGAGGAACAUGCGCAAGAAGAAGAAUGGGCUGCCGUGGUGGAACCAGUAACAAAGGAUACGCUCGUCGACACGGCCGUUGCUCAGCUAGAGACUCUGGCGACAUUAUGCGGUCUUUUAGCUCUCGAUGGCGGCAAUGGGUUGGCCUGGGUUGAAGAGUACUCAUACGACUUAUUGAAAACGAGAAUCGCAGCAUAUGUUGAAGGCACAGGCAGAGAACAGGAGGUCGCCCUGGCUCGUGCAAUAUUCGUGGCAGCUUUGACAGAGGUAUUGUAUCGAAGUGGAAGAGCCGACGUAGAGACAUACCAGAGAGAGUUGAGUGGCGCAUUUCCGCCUGAAUUAGAUCUUUCGGACAACCCCGAGGGUCUUUGCAGGAAAGCCGAAGCCCUCACAUCCUUUAAUUCUGCGGUUGCAGAUAACCCUCCUGCGGGCACUGUUGAAGAAGUGCAAAAGUCACUUGUUUCGCGUUGGCAGGCACUAAGUGCAGCAUUAGAAGCAUUGACCGCAGCGUCGAGAUUGGCUAGUGCAGAUAAUAUUCCAAAGAUUCAUAUUGCUAGGGGAGAUGCCGAGAUGGCACGGUGGCAGUUGGGUAGACCUCCUUGGAGUUAUCCCCCAGCGAAUGAGAACUCAGCGACGCUAUUGAAAAAUGCGCAAACGUAUUACCGCGGAGCUGCUAAUUUGGCGCGUCGAGAUGGCGAUUCUGAGCAGGAAAGGGAGGGCUCCUGCAAAGAAUCACUCGCAGCGGCAUUAGCCGGAGACAAAACCAAGCUGGACCAGUUGAGAAGUGCGGAUUCGGAGAAAGUGAUGGGUAUAGCGCAGGAUAUGAUCGAAGAUGGUCUGAUAGGACUAGCCGAUGCAGAGUCGCUCCUCAUUUGA